CUUGGACAUUAGCCUAAAAAGUCCCGUGGUUUUCUCCCUUUCGGGUUUCCACGUAAAAACUGAGUUGUUCAUACACAUUUAUACAUAUAUUUACUAUAUCGUGUUGGAUUAAACUCAACACUGGCGCCGUCUGUGGGAAUCUGUUCAAAAAGAUUUCACGUGUUCUUGAUUUUUCUGCAAAAAUUCAUACAAAAAAAACUACUGGUUUUAGCUAGCUCGAUUUUACUAGAAGGAUGAUACGAAAAAGACUGGUUCUCAGCCAGGGGCGGAGCUAGGGGGUGGCCACCCCUGGCCCUGGCCCAGCCUAAAUUUUAAAAAUCUCUAUAUUUUUAGUGUAAAAAAUUCCGUUUAAUUUUUUUUCCAAAAAUAUUCUUUGUACCGGCCCAGUCCGGCCCAGUGUCCUGGCUCCGCCCCUAUUAUCAGCAAAGCAGAAGAAGAUUAGGGAUUUUCCAGAUCUAGGAUAGAUCAGACCGGGAACUGCCAUGGCCGCCAGAAAUCACCGGAACCAUCCAUGCUGCGUCGGCACCGUCAGUUGAAGGUCGCUGCUCACUCGACCUCACUGUGGCAGCUCUAAAGUAAUUGGCGCCGCCUCAGAGGGUCAUCAUCAUCUACUUCUCGGCAUUUACUAUCCUCCGCCUCUGUCACAGGGUCGCCGGUCACCAUCCAUGGCCAGCUUGUCCACCUCGCCGCCGACUGAAUCUUCCUUGGUUUCCGCCAUUGGUGGCGGAUUGAAGAUCUCAGAGCCAACAUCUGACCAGGGCUGGUCCCUUGCCAAAGAAUCGCCUCCCGCCGCCCCUCUUAGCACGCGAACAGGGAAACCAGCAGGCAGAUACCCCAAGCUAUCCCACGUGACCUUCCUCCUUCCGAGCGGGGAGAUACUGGGAGUACACAGGCUUAUCCAGAUGGAAGGGGCGAGCGGGAGAUCUUCAGGAGAAAGGCUUUAUGCCGGGCGGACCGCUCAAAGGAAUGACUUGGCCUGAGUUCAGCGGCCAGGCAGUACGGCCUCCCGUACUCUACCGCCCAGCCCACUCCGCUCGGCCUCUUCCGUCCGGCCUCUUCCGCCGACGAUCAGUCCAAGGCCGCCUCUAGCGCGGGGACCUACACCUUGCCGCCCAGCACGCCAAGUUCGAGUGGACGCUCGGCCCCAUGCUAUAAGAUAAGAAGCCGAGACUCGAUUCAAUACUGGGCCAUCCUAGCAAAGCAAUGACUCGACAUCCGGCGUCACCUGGUUUUUAAGCAAUGGGUACAAUUGCCUUUUCUGGAGACGCUCGGCACUUUCAUGUUGACAGGCCCACCAAUUAAUUUUUGUCCAAGAGUGGGCUGGACUACUGCCAUUUAUUUUAGCGGAAGGAGCUUCUCAACAACGAAUGGAAUCAUAUUCAUUGGAGAGCUAAUUUCUUAAAGAAUUUUGACCAAGUCAAGAUGGGGGAAAAUACUCAAGUAGCUCAUUUUUCACUACUACAUGGCAUCACAUGGCCGAACCUACUCCUCAAAGAGCUAAGUACCCAUAUUCUGACUUGGUACAUUUAAUAGUUAACUAAUUAAACUAUUAGUAAUGCUAGUGUUUUUAUCACCAUUAUUUAAUAGGGAACAAAUACCCCAAAAUUAAAUAAUGUCGAGCAAGCUCAGAUGAGUAAAGCUCUAGUGAUAAUUAUUUUCACCGUCAUUUUAAUUAAUGAUGGGCUAUUGUGGGCCCGUCAGCCCGCUCCUGAUCGGCUUUAAUUAGCGAACGGAGCAUACCUGAAUGACCUAUGGUAGGAUAACAUCACUAUUAUUUAUUAGGGAUAAAAUGUCCCGAAUUAAAUAAUGUUGGGCGAAGCUCUGGUGAUGGUUGGUCCAGCCAACAUUUUAUUGAAUAUAUAAUUUCUUGUGGGCCCGUUGGCCCACUCUCGAUCAGCUUGAUUAAGCGAUUUGAGCGUCUCCAGAAGGGCGAUGCCCCGGCGACGCAUUUUAAUUGGAGGGUUGCGCAUUAGUCCGCAUGGCACUACGUGCCCGAUCGACGAUCAUACCCCAGUAUCAUUUACGCCAUUAGGCGCGAAAUGACUAUUGCCAAACGUGGCCUGUGGGGCCCGAAGGCACCAAAGCACUCAACCUCCUUUUUCUGAGGCCAGUGCGACGAACUUGGGUCUGAGUUUGAAAACUCACGGACCGAUGAAUAUCUCUAUGUGACGUUCGGCGGGCUGCCAGUUGGCCCCGCCGCGAGCUGCUACAUCCAUUAGUCCCGCACGAUGAGCCGGGCCGAGGGUCACGAUGACCCAUAGGCCGGUAUUCGUGGAUGUUAAAGAGAAAGACAUACGACUGGCUAUGUGUGUAUACAUAUUGUCGGGCCGCGCGGCCCGUUACCAUGCUUAUUGCGCAGUUGGAGCUGCUCGACGCGCUCGAGCAAGAUGAUUAAAAGACGCGGGGCCUGAGUCUCGAAGACGUUCAGGGCCAGCUAGAGAGGAGACCACCACAGUUGAGAACCGUGGGACGAACAUCUCCACCCCAGAGACUGAUGGCCUAGGAAGAACACCUAGAGGCAUGAGGGUCUAGAGGGGGACUAUCACGACGGAGAAUCGUGAGACGAUCAUCCAUCAUUCAGAGGCCGAGGGCCUAGAGGAGACCAUCACGGCCGAGGGCCGUGAGACCAUCCUGAUUUUCAGGUCGGCCUCUCAUUGCCGACAUCAUCAUAUCACGACCGGCCUCUUGGCAUGGCGUGAUUAUCAUAUUUGAAGACUGGCCUCGUCCCCCGCACUGCGCGGAUGGGAGCCGUUGCUGGAUUGCAUGCCGGCCCCUCAUUGCCGACACUGCCACAUCAUGUUCGGCCUCUCGUCGCCGACAUCAUCAUACCACGACCGGCCUCUCGGCUCGGCGUGCUUAUCUCUUGAAGACCGGCCUCGUCCCCGCCCUCGCGGACGAGGGCCGUUGCUUGAUUCUUUCAGAUCGGCCUCUCAUUGCCGACACUGUCGUGUCAUGUUCGGCCCCCCGGCCCGGCGUGAUUAUCAUCUUUGAAGACCGGCCUCGUCCCCGCCCUCGCGGACGAGGACUGACGUGCACUUGUCGUGAGGUGCACUCAAAAUAAUAAUACAAUACGACACUAAUACGUAGUAUAGUGUAGUAAGGUUCGUAUCCACAGGGAAAGGAACACUCUUCUUUUUAUAUAAAUAAGAAAUAAUAACAGGGGGUUUUAUGUUUGGUUGAUGAACUUAAA